ACCUCUUCAUUCCAAACUCCAUUAUUUUCUCUUCCCUUAACAGCACAAAGGGGAUUUCAAAUGGGAAUGCCACUUUCUUUUCUUCUCCUUCUUACUCUAUUAUCUCCUAUUUUCACAUUCUCCUCUCAUGUUCCUGACCCUGAAGUUAUAGUCCAAGAAGUUAAUGAGAAAAUCAAUGCAUCAAGAAGGAACUUAGGCUAUUUAUCAUGUGGCACAGGCAAUCCUAUUGAUGAUUGUUGGAGAUGUGAUCCUAAUUGGGAAAAAAACAGACAAAGACUAGCUGAUUGUGCAAUUGGCUUUGGCAAACAAGCAAUUGGUGGUAAAGAUGGUAACAUCUACAUAGUUACUGACACUAGUGAUGAUCCAGUGAACCCAAAGCCUGGAACAUUAAGAUAUGGUGCAAUUCAAGAUGAACCACUUUGGAUUAUAUUUUCUAGAGAUAUGGUUAUUAAGUUAAAAGAAGAAUUAAUGUUGAAUUCAUUCAAGACAAUUGAUGGUAGAGGUGCUAGUGUACAUAUUGCUGGUGGUCCAUGUAUAACUAUACAAUAUGUUACAAAUAUUAUUAUACAUGGAUUAAAUAUUCAUGAUUGUAAACAAGGUGGAAAUGCUUAUGUUAGAGAUUCACCACAACAUUAUGGUUGGAGAACAAUAUCAGAUGGAGAUGGUGUUUCUAUAUUUGGUGGAAGUCAUGUUUGGGUUGAUCAUUGUUCUUUGUCAAAUUGUAAUGAUGGUUUGAUUGAUGCAAUUCGUGGUUCUACUGCCAUUACUAUUUCCAAUAAUUUCAUGACACAUCACAACAAGGUAAUGCUUUUGGGACAUAGUGAUACAUUUACUAGAGACAAGAAUAUGCAAGUUACCAUUGCUUUUAAUCAUUUUGGAGAAGGGCUUGUGCAAAGGAUGCCAAGAUGUAGACAUGGAUAUUUCCAUGUGGUGAAUAAUGACUACACUCAUUGGGAGAUGUAUGCAAUUGGAGGAAGUGCUUCUCCAACUAUCAAUAGUCAAGGCAAUAGAUUCCUUGCUCCUAAUGAUAUCUUCAACAAGGAGGUGACAAAACAUGAGGAUGCAGCAGAAAGUGAAUGGAAGAAUUGGAAUUGGAGAUCAGAAGGUGAUUUAAUGCUUAAUGGAGCAUUUUUCAUAAGAUCUGGUGCUGGAGCUUCUUCUAGUUAUGCUAAAGCUUCAAGUUUAAGUGCAAGGCCAUCUACUUUGGUUAAUUCUAUUACAAUGAAUGCUGGUGCACUUGGUUGCAAAAAGGGCAAAAAAUGUUGAUUAAUAUAUAUAUAUAUGAUUAUUAAUAAUCUUAAUUAGCACUAUAUGUUCUCUUUUUCUUUCUUUUUUUAAGUGUAUUGUUGAGAAAUUGUGAAAUAUUAUAAUCUCUCAGUUAAUUCCCAUGUAGUAUGUAAAAAUGGGUUGAUGAGUUUGUAACUUGACUCCCCCUCUCAUUGUAAUGUUAUGUGAUAAUCAAGGAUCAAGUGUGAAUACUACUACCACAUUUCAACUA